AAACAGGUUCAUUGACCAUGAGCAACUGUUCCCUUUAUAUUGCACUGUUACUGGAAAAGUUCUUGUUGGGGAGGUUUCUGUGGGUGUUUAGAAGUGAUAAAAAUCCAUGAGAAAUAUCUUGGUGUUAUGUGUUCUUGUUAGGGAGAAACAAACCAAAACUGUGGAGUGAGAAUGUAACACAAAAGGUAUCAGACUGGAUAUAUAUAUACCUACUUUUCAUGGUUGUAGCAAAUGAAAGGUUUUUUUGUAUUAUUCUGUUACAGAACUGUUAAAGCUGGAACUUUACUGAUAGACAGCAGUACCAUUGACCCAGCAGUGUCAAUAGAAAUGGCCAGUUUAGCAGAGAAAAAUGGAGCCGUAUUCUUAGAUGCACCAGUGUCUGGAGGUGUAAAUGCUGCCAAGGGAGCAACUUUGACAUUCAUGGGUGGGGGGGAGGAAUCAGAGUUCCAGCCAGCAAAAGAGCUGCUAGAUUUCAUGGGAAAGAACGUUAUUCACUGUGGAGAUGUGGGAACGGGCCAAGCAGCAAAGAUAUGUAACAAUAUGACGUUAGCUAUCUCUAUGAUAGGAACAGCUGAAGCAAUGAACUUGGGUAUAAAGUUGGGUUUGAACCCAAAACUUCUAGCCAAAAUUAUGAAUUCCAGUAGUGGACGGUCCUGGGCUUGUGAAGUGUAUAACCCUGUCCCUGGAGUAUUAGAAAAUGUUCCAUCAAGCAAUAAUUACGAGGGAGGUUUUGGUGCCAGCUUAAUGUUAAAGGAUCUUGGACUUUCACAGGCAGCAGCUAGCAGGUCAAUGGCUCCAACUCCGAUGGGCUCUUUGGCCAACCAGAUCUAUCAAUUAAUGAUUAAUCAUGGCUAUGGGUUAAAAGACUUUUCGUCAGUCUUCAUGUACUUGCAGAAGAACGAAGUUGGUGAACACAAGAAAUGAACAUUAAAAAUUAUUUCUUGGUAAAGUUUACAUUCAAAAAGAAAGUUAUAUUAGGUACAGGUGUAGGUAAAGUUAUUUCAUGUAAGGCAGUAUAGGGAGUAAUUGCAGUUACUCUGUACAUAUUACUCCAGUUUGUUAGCAGUGGAUUUCUAAUGAAGAAAAUUCAUUUUUUAAACUUUUUAUAUCAUGUGAGACUUCUUAAUUUGAUUCAUUAUAUCGAACAGUAAAAAUCUAAAUCACAUUUACUGUAUUGAACCUGUUAUCUAAUAUUAAUAAUAAAUGGUCUUAAUUAUGAGUGAUGAACAAACUACAAUAAACUUCUAUAACCACUCUGCCCUAGGUAAUCAGUUGAGUGUUCUCACCACUAGCAGUUUUACUUAGUAAAUAUUGGUAAGUUUCAGUGGUUUACACUUGUGUGAUAUAGUAGUUGCUGUAAUUAGUUUUUAAGAUUUUUCUUUAAAAGAGCUAAAGUGACAAAUUUUUGGAACCCAUAAAAAGGUCUUAAGACAUGUAAGUACUUGUGAGAUGUGACAGGUCAUUCAGCGUGACUCUACUAAUAUAAGGAAGGUGAAAGACUGGGAACUUUUCUUUGUGUAACAUAUUAAGUUAUCAGGCAAAAACUAAUUGCAUUCAAACAAUAUUAAUCCAGGGAAAAGCAGAUGUAUCACUGCUAAAUGUAAGCAGUCAUAGUGUGUAGAUGUACCUAUAUGUUAAUGUAUGAUCAAAACAAAGAGUUUAGUAAUUGGGUUUUCCUUACUACUGAUUUUUAAAAGGACUGUUUGGAUGGAAGCAUGACAUCUAAAUGUUUGUUUGUGUAAUAACUGAACAAUAAAGUUUUCUUGGUUUUUGUACAGUA